AUGCCCGUUGUCGACGGCCUGCCAGAAGCUAGCGACGACGACUCCAAGCCCGCCGAUAGAAAAAUGACAACCUCCGAUCACAUAAGUAACGAUGCCACGCCGCAGGUGGCCGCCAUGCUGCAAGCACAGCGUGCUGUCGCCGACGCGCCUCUCAGCUCACCCUCCCUUGUCCCGUCUCCCACCCAACCGGUGACUCCUGACUCUGGCACCAUCUCAGUGGCCGAGCUAGCUGUCCCUCUCCCAGACAUCAAUGUCCGCCGGACGCCUGACUCGACCGCUCCUCCCACUGGUCCCGCGAGCGCCUCUACUGGCCCUCACGAGCUCCCACCGGACUCUGCGUUCACUGCGCCAAAGUUCCGUCCCAUUCCAGCGACAUCCGACCACAGUGUAAUAGACGCAGCCGGCCAGGGCGUCCAGGCGCAACUUGCUAUGAAGAUCCCGCCACCCUCCUCUGCGCCCAUGUCGCGCAACGCGUCCGGCAUGGGAUCCGGGGAGCGCAUUCAAGUUCAUGCGCCCACGCCCGUCUCAGCUGUCCCUCCUCCUAUCCCCGAGCCUGUGCCUACGGGUCGCCAGUCGCGCGCCCAGUCAGUCAGCAGUAACCGCGGCGAGAAGAAGGGCUUCCUCGCGAAGAUGUUCAACCAUGAGCCAAAGGACAAGUCGGGCGACAUAUCGCCCCCGCUCACCCCCGCUUCAGACUCUAGACCGCCAUCGCGCAAUAGUAGCAUCAAGCGCAAGGAUGAGCCCGCCGCCCCUUCCAUACAGCGCCGCCUCUCCGAGCGCUCGGCGUCGUCUGUCGGUGGUGGGGACGGUGGUGGUUCCAAGUUCACUCUCAAGGACCUGCUCGGCGGCAACAAGGACGGCAAGCUGUCCCGCCGCCCCUCGGGUUCCGCCCGUGGGUCUGAUCGCGGCUCCACAAAGGGCAGCGAGGGUGGUGACGGCAACAGCACUGCUUCUUUGCUGAAGAAGUAUGGAGUCUGCGACAAGGCCGCCAUUGGCAAGGGUGCCACGGCUGUCGUUCGUCUCGCACACAAGUGGGACCGCCGCGAGGAGAAGCUGUACGCUGUCAAGGAGUUCCGCAAGCGCCGCAAGAACGAGACCGAGAAGGACUAUGUCAAGAAGCUCACUUCCGAGUUCUGUAUCAGCUCCACGCUUCACCACAUCAAUAUUGUUGAGACGGUUGACCUCGUUCAAGACGAGCAACAGCAUUGGUGCGAGGUCAUGGAGUAUUGCCCUGGUGGUGACCUCUACGCCGCUAUCAAGAAGGGCGGCAUGUCCUCGGCCGAGGUCGAGUGCACCUUUAAGCAGAUCCUUCACGGCAUCCAGUACCUACACUCUAUGGGUGUCGCUCACCGCGACAUCAAGCCGGAGAAUCUCUUGCUGGAUGGCCGUGGCCACGUCAAGAUCACCGACUUUGGCGUUUCCGACGUCUUCCGCAUGUGUUGGGAGAAGAAGACUCAUCUGUCCAAGGGAUUGUGCGGCUCCGAACCCUACAUUGCACCAGAGCUCUUUGAGCAGAAGGAGUACGACGCGCGCCUUGUCGAUGUUUGGGCAGCCGCUAUCGUUUUCUACUGCAUGCAGUUCCAAGAGCUGCCGUGGCGCGUGGCAAAGCCGACUGAUCCCACCUUCUCGACCUACCUCGCACAAUAUUACCCGUCGGGCACGAGGCCUGAAGGCGCGCCGGCGUGCCCGCCUCCUCUCAACAAUCUUAUUCCUCGCGAAUGUCGCCAUGUGGUGAAGCACAUGUUGGAUCCCGACCCGAAGACGCGCUGGACCAUUGACGAAGCCCUCAAGGACAAGUGGAUGCAGUCGGUCAAGGUCUGCGUCGAGGGCGAGUACAGCGAUCACUCGCACACCACGGUCGGCUUGGAUGUUGUCCGUCUCCAAUAG